AUGAGUGCUUCUCAGAACCCUUCGAUGCCGUUGGCGCCGCCGAUGAUGCCGCCGAUGGGCUUGAUGCCUGCAAUGGGCAUGUUCAACGUUGGUUCCGACAAGGCUGUGUUCAAAUUCGAGCCGUACUUGCGCCGACAGUACGGGUUUGGGUUGAACCCUGACAGACCGAUCUGUGAAUACUGGCUUCAAUCAGGCAAAUGUCCAAAUGGAAACGACUGUGAGAACAAACAUCCUUCCAAGAUAUUCAAUAACAAGAUCGUGUGCAAGUAUUGGCUUCGAGGGCUUUGCAAGAUGGGAGACGACUGCGAUUUCUUGCACGAGUACAACCUCCAGCGAAUGCCCGAAUGUGCGUACUAUUCGCAGAACGGGGUAUGCACACAAGCGCCAGAAUGCAUCUAUCUUCACGUUGAUCCGCAGUCCAAGAUCGCAGAGUGCUUUAAUUACUCAAACCUUGGAUAUUGUCCAGACGGACCAAAAUGUCAGCGGAGACACGUUCGGAAAGUGAUGUGUCCGCUUUAUUUGACAGGAUUCUGCCCUAAGGGACCCGAAUGCGAGCUCAGCCAUCCGAAAUUCAACCCUGCCAUGAUCCAGGGACGGUUCAAGAUCCGCACAGACGAACAGAUCAUCGCAGGACGGAAGGCCAAGCUGGAACAGCAGCAACGAGAGGCAGAAAAGACCGACACUAACGACGAGAUGAAAUUAUAG